CUUUUUCGAGCUCACUCAACACCACGUUCUCUCUCAACGCGAUGCCUGGCAACCAGGACGCCCUGAUAUCUCUCAGUAGUCACCCAAUAUUUUCUCUGCCAAAGGAAUUCAGUGGGCCUCUCGCGCAAUCGGAAUCUUCGUUGGAAUUAUCCACCACCACGCUGCCCAAGUUCAGAAAUGACAGUGCGACUCAAGAUGGGCCCACGGCGUCCGGGCGACGACAAAACAUGGUUCUACGCGACUCGGAUAUCAUAGUUACAGCAGGCAGGGAAAUUAGGAUGACGCAGUUGGGUGACGGCAAGAUCAGCCACAGUGCUGAGAAACAAUACAAGACUCUACAUACACCCAACGUACAGUUUGAAAUACAUCAUAUGUCCCUGAAUCCUGGUGGAAAGCUCCUUGCCGUUGCCGGCGCAUCUCAAGUCGCGGUGAUUGUACUUCCGCGCUCAGGAUUCUUGAGGCUGGUUCCAGACAAGUUGGACUGCAAGUCUGUCCAAGUUGGCCAAUAUCAUCAUGCCUCAAAUACCUCGCCGCCCAUUGCUAAGAUACAAUGGCAUCCUUGGGGAGACGCUGGUACUACACUGAUGGUCAUGACAGUCGACGGAAAGCUUAGAGAAUAUGACAUCUCAGUCGAUGCUGAGGACCCGCUUCAAGUACUGUCCUUUGUUCCAGACAAGAAACCUGGAAGAUCUUAUCUUGCUGAGGACCCAGCAGACCGCGAAGUGGCUUCUUUCGACUUAGGCAAAGGGAAAGCCGACUGGGGUCCUUUGACAGUAUAUGCUAUCAUGAGAUCUGGGGAUAUAUAUUCCAUAUGUCCCUACAUGCCAAAAAAUGCCUCCAUACCUUCUGCCUAUGUCCAUUCGUUGGAAUGUUUUAUCUCAGCAAAACUUGAACUGCUGUCUCGGGGAAGCACAUCUGCAGCGUCUAAAAACCUCAGCACUAUCUACGACUAUCAGCAGAAAUAUGUAUCAGCUUUGGUAAAACAGCUUCCUGCAGGCAGCAUGUUCCCCGCUACCUCGCGUUCCGUUCCUAUGCACCCGCCCUCUACAAUUAAGGCGUCGCCUACACGGCAAGGUCCGUUCUUGUUGCAACCUUCGCCGCGGAUGCUGGAGCAUAGUGAUGGUGAUGAGGCGACUGACAUAACCUAUCUUGCCUUUGGUAACGACUUUGGCAGCACUGAAGAAGAUGGAGGUGAGACAGAGCAUCUAGGUGUCGUGAUGAUUGCAUACCAGGAUGGGCGAGUUGAUCUUUGUCUCGACGUCGACAAGGUAGAAGCCAGGUGGAGCAACAAGUCAAGCCGAGGGUUGCCUAUGCUUGCUGUGUAUGAGACUAUCGAUCUUGGGCUGGUUUCCAACUUAUGGCCAUUAUCCCCUCAACUCCUGGACUUGCUCCAGGCUAACCAUCCGGUAUUCGUUGUCGAUCCAAUCUACGAUGAUACGAUAUACGUAUAUCAUGCUUUUGGAGUACAUGCCCUGCACCUCCAGCCAGUACUUCAAAGUCUUGCUUCUGCCUUGCGUGCCAACGAUGAUGACGCAGAUUCCACUCUAGCGGAAGCGUUACAACAGUCCACUAUCACCAACGUGCAACCCAUUCUAUCCACUUUUUCAGUGGAGAAAAAGUGCUCAAAUCCAGUGGUGGCAGUGACUAUUCCCGACAACGUCUAUCUAACAUACAGCAUUUUCAUUUUGACAUCCGCAAUGAGAAUCACGACAUUCAAUCUUGUUCUGCGAUCGGAAUCACCUCGAUCACGAGCAGAAAGCUUACCACCAGUGGCUGACGAUGGAAACGAGGUGAAGGAGAAGGAUAAAUGGCUCAAGCCCACCGAGGGUCCCUCUGCUUAUGUGUCAUUGCUUAGGACUGAGCCAUUCCAGCCAGGAGCCAUUCUUUCUCAUCCAUCGGGACUUCCUUCAAAUCCUCAGUUGUCAUUGCCUCCGUCUGCAAGCAGCGAGUUGAUGUUGACCCCGGAGAUUUUGCGUUACUUGGCGAACACAGUCGCUGAACUCACUAAUCAAAUCCGCGAGAUUCAGCUCGCACAUCGACGAUCAGAAACACGGGCAGUGCUACAGGUUCAAGAACUCAAGCGGCUCUGUGAAAAGGCGGCGGAGCUCAACGCUCUAGUGGAAAAGAUGAAGGGUCCCGAUGUUGAUGCGAACAAAGCCCGUAUUCAGACGGUCCAGGAAACCCACAAGAACUUGAUGGCUAGACUGGACCGUAUGCUGCAGCAUAUGAUGGAUAAUGCUUCCCCCGAACUUAGUGAACAUGAAACGAAAUGGUUUGAAGAGUUGAAGAGAAUGAAGCAAGAGGUAACGGGUAUAGGAAGGUAUGAUGGAUCUUCUCUCGCAGCCAGGGCAGGAAUGAUGCAGCGAGAGUAUGAUCGUGUACUACCUGAUUUGAAGUCACUAUUGGAGAAAGAACAGUCGUGGAAAGCCAAGCAUACUCAAAACUGUCAGACCCUCGGUAUUUCUCAGGCCUUCGAGUUUGGGAAGAGAUCCACCUUCGAGCAAACAAGGAUAUCUCAACUUGAAAAUGAUGUCAGCCAACUCGCAACAACACUCGAUAUUGCUUUUUCCAAACCUCCAGAUGCAGAACGUUGAUCUGGUGUUUUUCCGUCCUUUUGUCGUGCUGUGUACCAUCUCAUUCGCAACGGGUUAAAAUAAAUCUCAAUGUAUUUUAUUUAGCAGAAAUAAACGUCUUGUUUUC